AUGAGAUCCUUCUUCAAUCUAGUCUUGUUUUUCAUUCAUUUGUUUUUCAUUCAUUUGUUCUUUGUUAUCUCGCUCUUUCAUCUGCACGUCACCUAUUCUUCUUCUUCUUCAGUGCAGCCGUUGUGCCAUAAUGAUGAAAGCUAUGCCUUGUUGCAGUUCAAGGAUAGCUUUAUCAUUAACAGGUCUGCUUCUAAUGAACUUUCUGCUUAUCCAAAAGUGUCUUCAUGGAGGCUCCAAGGAGAGAAUGAUGAUUGUUGUUCAUGGGAUGGCGUCGAGUGUGAUGAAAAUACUGGUCAUGUAAUUGGCCUAAAACUCAACAGCAGUUGUCUUUUCGGUUCUUUCCACUCCAAUAGCACUCUUUUCCUCCUUUCCCACCUUCAAAAACUUGAUCUUUCUGGUAAUAAUUUCAAUAACUCAGAAAUCCCAUCAGGUUUUGGGCACCUUACAGAGUUGACAUAUCUUGAUCUCUCACAUUCUGUAUUUUCUGGCCAAAUCCCAUCAGAAAUAUCUCAAUUAUCCAACUUGGUCUUUUUAUCUCUUAAUAUGCCGCCUGCAUUAGAAGCUCCAUUGAAGCUCCGUAAGCCUGAUCUGAAAAGUUUAGUUCAUAACUUAACUCACCUAAAAGAACUUGAUCUCGGCUUUGUCGAAAUGAAUUCAAUUGAUGCCCUUCAAACCUUGGCAAAUAUGACUUCUUUGACAUCUAUUGGUCUUGAAUCUUGUUCAUUACAGGGGGAAUUCCCAGAAAGAAUUUUCCAUUUCCCAAAUCUGACAAGACUUAAGCUAGCCUGGAACAAGGAUCUGAGAGGUAAGCUUCCUGAAUUUCAUUUCUACAGUCCUCUUAAGGUACUUGAUAUCGCAAACACAAGUUUCUCUGGUGAGGUACCUUUUUCAAUAGGAAACCUUGAUUCUUUAGAGGAACUUCAUAUUUCCCUGUGUAAUUUCCAGGGAUUCAUUCCAUCUUCACUUGAAAACCUUACCCAGCUCAAGUUUUUAGACCUUUCAAACAACAACUUCACUGCCCAAACUCUUUCUUCCUUGCCUGUGGUUGGAAAGCUUACCGAACUCACUGUCUUGCGGCUUGGAGCAAUCAAUUUACAUGGUGAAAUUCCAUCUGAGCUAUUCAAUCUCACCCAGUUGCAAACAUUGGACCUUUCAUCCAAUAAGUUGAACGGCCUUAUUCCAAGCUCAAUCUCUAAACUCAAGAAUGUUGAAUUUCUCAGCUUCUAUCGCAAUAACUUGAGUGGUCCAAUGGAGCUAGCAAUGUUUUUAAUGCUAAAAAAGUUGAAGAGAUUACUGUUAUCAUAUAACAAUUUAACAGUACUCACUUCGAAUGUCAGCAGUAAUGCUUCUCUUGAAUUGUUAGGAUUAGCUUCAUGCAACUUAGAUAAGUUCCCAAAUUUCCUGAAAAACCAAGAAAGUUUGGAGUGGCUAGACCUGUCUCACAACCAUAUCAGUGGUCAAAUACCUCAAUGGUUUUGGAGUACAAGUGUAAACACUCUCGACUAUCUCAACCUUUCUUUUAAUUCCUUAACAGGCUUUGAUCGGCAUUCAGUUGUUCUUCCGUGGGAACACCUACGCACGUUAGACCUAAGGUUUAACAUGCUCGAAGGAUCACUCCCAAUUCCAGCAAAAUCUAUGUAUACUCUUUUUUAUUUGGCCUCCAACAACAAAUUCGUUGGCGAAAUUUCACCAUUGAUUUGUAGUCAAAGUUCGCUUCAAGUCCUUGAUCUAUCUAAUAACAAUCUGAGUGGAGUACUUCCUCAAGGUUUAGGCAACUUAAGUAAUUCUUUGGUUGUUUUGAAUCUCAGAAACAACUCCUUUCAUGGCCACAUUCCUCAAACAUUUACAAAUGAAUGCCAGUUGAAGUCGAUUGAUAUUGGUCAUAAUCAAUUACACGGGCAAGUGGCAAGAUCAUUGGCCAAUUGUAAAAUGCUCGAGUUUCUUGAUUUGGAGAACAACCAUAUAUACGAGAUUUUUCCAUCUUGGUUGGGAAAUCUUCCAGAGUUGAGAGUUCUCAGUCUAAGCUCGAACAAAUUUCAUGGAGUAAUAAGAGGUCCUGCGUUUGGAUUUGAGUUUCCCAACAUUCAUGUCAUUGAUCUCUCCCACAAUAGUUUUCAAGGUAGGCUACCAUAUGAAUACUUCCGAUCCUGGAAAGCAUUGAAAGUCAUUGAUGUUAACCAGCAUGCAGAAUAUAUGCAAGAAAGCAUGGUUCGCAUUUCCUACUUCUUGGGCAUGUAUGAUGACGCCGGCUAUCACUAUUCGUUGGCAAUACAUAACAAAGGAAUGGAAAGGAUAUACUCGAAGAUUUCAAAAGCCUUGAAAGCCNUUCCAAUCCUGGAAAGCAUUAAAAGUCAUUGA